AUGUCCCAGGAAAACGUCUCAGACAAAGUUAAGAACCUCCAGAGGCAGAUAGCACAGAGUAUCAAGUUUGGCCAGAAGCCACCUUCUCUGAGGAGGAGUGAAGGAGAUGAGGACAGUUCUGAUGACGAAGAGGUUCCCCGGAGCCCUUUGAAGGUUCUGGCCCAGGUCGAAGCAGAGCCGUCAAAAGCAGAGCCGAAGUUCCAGGCGGCCCAACAAACUGCAGCACAGAGCACCCCGGUCAAGUCCCCAAGGUCCAAAAGGGUUCUUCCUCCCACCGGUACCAUUGAGUCCAUCAAUCUGGAUGCUGUCCCACAGUUUGUUCCUCGCUUAGACAACACGGCUGCCAAGCAUAAACUGUCUGUCAAACCUAAAAAUCAAAGGAUUUCCCGCAAGCACCGGCGGUUUACACAGGAACUUCAAGAAGUUUCUAUUCCUGAUGUGCUUCAAGAGGAUCUUGAGGUGGCUGGGGUCUCGACUGAUGGCCACCGUAGGGCAUCUGCUGAGGAGCCCCUAGAACAUGUUAAGAAACAACGACUGCACGAGGAGGAAUGGCAGGAAACCAGGAGGAGGAGAGAGCUGGAGGAACAGAGGCUCAGACAGGAGGAGGCAGAAAACAAAAAGAGAGCAGAAGAGCUGAGGCUCCGUGAACUAGAGAAGGAGAAGUGUCAAAAGCAACAAAAGGAGGAACAAAUGCGAAAAGAGGAAGAAAAAAGGCUUUGUGAGGAAGAACAGCGAUGGUGUCAAGAAGAGGAGAGGAGGAUUAGAGAAGAAGAAGAAGAAGAAAGGAGACAGCAAGAAGAGGAAGAGUGGGUGCGGCGAGAGGAAGAGGAGAGGAGGAUGCGAGAAGAGCAGGAGCGUCUGCAGCGGGAAGAGACAAGACAACUGGAAGAACAGAAGAGAAAAGAGGAAGAAAGAAAGAAACGAGAAGAGGAAGACUUAAGGAGGCAGGAGGCUGAGAAACAGCAUCUACUUGCAGAGCAGAAGCGGAGAGAAGAAGAAGAAAGGAAGAGAUGUCAAGAAGCCGAGAAGAGGAGGCUGCAGGAGAUGGAGGAAAAGAAGAAAAUGGAAGAAGAAAGAAACAGAAAGGAGCUGGAAGAGGAGAGGAGGCUAUCGUUCGAGCGCUCUGAUGGCAGCCCAAACCUCGACGAGAGGAAGAGAAAAGCUGAGGAGCUGCGCUGGAAAGAGAUGGAAGAGCGACAGAGGCCCUUCACUUUUAAAGUUUCCUCUGGAGAAAAACAAAUUUUGUUCCAGAAGGUCAACCUGACACCCGUCACACCAGCCUCCAGCCACCAGACUGUAGGUGUAGCUGAAGAACGAGAAGCUUCCUCUUCAGAAGGUCCAGAUUCCCCUAACCUCCCAACAUCUCCAUAUGUCCCCCAUACAGCAAUCCUUGUGACGGGGGCCCAGCUCUGUGGGACUGCGGUCAACUUGGACCAAAUCAAAGACACUGCCUGCAAAUCUCUUCUUGGUUUGGCAGAUGAUAGAAAGGCCCAGGGAACACCACCAAUGAAGAGCAAGACUUCACCCGACCGCAACUCUUGCAAGACAAAGUCAUUGACAGAGUUGUCACUCUCAACAGACCAGACCAGUGCAGCUGUUUUGGCAGAAUGGGCAAGUAUUAGAUCAAAGAUAUUUAAGGGAGUCGAGGAGGGGAAAUAUGAUGACUACCCAGAUCUGAACCGAAACCAGCCUGUGCCAAGCAGCGAAGACCAGGCUCCAUUUUCCCACACGAACCUCAGGAAGACCAUGUCUGCCAGCGCCAAGUUCUCAAUCACCCCUGCAAAGAAGAAAUUUACAGACUCCAACAGGAACUCAGAGGUAUUUAGUCCAGAUGAUAAGGAACCAGGAGAGGAAGUGGUUCCGUCUCCUACCUCUGUAUCUACAUCAGCAUCUGUCGGCAAACCUCAGAAUAGGAAGAGUAAAUCUGUCCGCAUCAUAGAAAGAGGCUCUGAGGAAUGUAUGUUUGCUAAAGACCUCCCCUCCUUCCUGGUUCCCAGCCCUGAAACCAAACCUGAGGGUGCUGAGUUGAAGAGCAGGACUCAUGGUGAGAUGGAGGCAGCUGGAAGCAGGGAGGAGAGUGAGGACCGAGGCCAGGACAGUGAGGAUAAACCUUCUCCUUUUGGAAUAAAGCUUAGGAGGACUAACUACUCCCUUCGCUUUCACAGCGAACAGUCCACAGAGAAAAGGAAGAAGCGAUACAGUGCUGGUGACAGCUUUGAUGGCGUCCCUUCGCCUCUCACCCCCAUCGAACCAGACUCUGAUGCUUCCUCUGUAUUUUCUGAUAAAUCCAGUCCCACGUCUCCUCAAAAAGAUAGUGUGGUUGCCAAGUACUUGCAUUCAUCCCCUUCUCGUGCCCUGCCUCAGGCCAAAACAGGUAAACCUAUGGCUCCGUCUGCACACAGCGAAGGUGACAAAGUGCUUUCCAAACCCCUCCUCUACCGAAGACCCCCCACAUCACCCAAACCUGUUGGAGCAAUUCCCACAACUCCACCCUCACCACAGCCUAAUGUGGGGCAUGGUAUUCCCAGUGAGGCCAGAAUCCAGAGAACACAAGGUUCGGAUUCAUUCACCCAGGAACAGACAAACAGUGGUGAGGAAUCUUUGACGGUGGUCCAGUUGCAUCGAAGCAGUCAUGACCCGGUCCAAGGGGAAGAAGAGCCGAAGGAGAAGAAAUCUUUCUUCCCUUCCAUCAACAUUCCCUGGAGAGAGAAGGCAGACAGAAAGGCAGAGCUCAUCAAGAGAGAAAAACCGUCCCUUCAGAGCAGGCACUCGCUAGACAGUGCCAAGGUCCAAGAUAAGGAAGCGGGGCCUUUGUGGAUCACGCUGGCACUGCAGAAGCAGAAAGGCUACAGGGAGCAGCAGCAGAGCCGAGAGGAGCGCCGUAGUCAAAGAGAGGCCAAAUUGGCUGAAAAACAAGCAAAAGAGAAAGAAAGUGUUAUGUUAAAUAGUCCCACAGACAGCAAAGGGAGUGGGAGCACGACUGUGGAGAAACCUCAGACACCAGAGGAGCCAAAAAGACCCGAUAGCCUGCUGGGACGGUUUGAACGCCGGGAACACCUGAAAAAAGCCAGCACCCUACCCAGCUCUGUUACUGUUGAAAUUUCUGACUCUACGCCAUCACCACCUGCUGUCAAAGAGGUGUCAAAACGUUUCCCCUCCAGUGACUCUUCGCAGGUGUCCACUGAGCCGGCCUGGCUGGCCCUAGCCAAGCGGAAGGCCAAAGCCUGGAGCGACUGUCCUCAGAUCAUCAAAUAACAGCCUGAGCAGCAGCCACCUGAGAUGUUACACUGCCCACCAGACUCUGACAGCAUCAACCCAUCCUCCCGAACUCCUAAUCUGACCGUUUACUCUCCGACUGUGAAACAAGAC